AUCGCUAUCAGUUAUUCACAGUUCCUUCGACCAGUGAAGAUCUUUCCGCCGACAAACAAUCAACCAUGAAGUGCGACGCCGUUGUUGAGAAAAUCAAGGCCCGUGUUGCCGGAAUCGACGCUAGCGGUACCCGCAAGGUUCUUGGAGUGUUCCAGUUGAACAUCGAAGCGGCUGAUGGUCUCCAUGAGUUGGUUGUGGAUCUGAAGGACUUGAAGGUGUACGAAGGUAAGGCUGCCAAUGCCGAUGUCGUGAUCAACAUGAAGGACGAAGACUUCAUUGCCGUCGGAACCAAGGCUGUCUCGGUGCACGAUGCCGUCGAGCAGGGCAAGGUCAAGAUGACCGGAGAUGAGGCUCUCUUCCAGGCUCUGGUUGAUGCCAUCUAAGCUGCACGGGAUAAUGCGUUUGAAUAAUGAUCUGGAAAUACAUGCAUGUGUAUCAUAUGUAAUGUAACAA